AGAACAAGGGAACGACUCGGAAAGAAGGAAAGAAACACAGAAAAAAGCAACCCUUCUCUCUCUCUCUCUCUCCCAUACGUAGCCGAAAACGACGAUGCUCUCUCUCUCUCUCCCCUCGUCGGCUAGUGUGGAGUAAACCAGAUAGAGUGUAAGAAAGUAGAAGGAAAUCUGCAAUGGCUUUGAACUCAAGCCCUUCGAAUCAAAUUGAAGCCAUUAGCUCAUUCCCCGAUCAAUCCGAGUUAGAUCGUUUCGCUGCAGUUGCCAACAAGGCCGCCGAUGCAGCCGGGGUAGCAAUUCGCAAGUACUUCCGAAAACCCUUCGACAUUAUCGAUAAGGAGGACUCGACUGCUGUUACGAUUGCUGAUCGAGAGACGGAGGAAGCAAUGGUUUCGGUUAUACAAGAGUGCUUUCCUUCCCAUGCAAUUCUCGGAGAGGAGGGUGGUUGGAGGUGUAAAGAAGAAUUUGCCGACUAUGUUUGGGUUUUAGAUCCUAUUGAUGGAACAGAAAGUUUUAUUACGGGAAAACCUUUGUUUGGCACUCUCAUCGCUUUGCUUCACAAAGGAAAACCGGUUUUGGGAAUAGUUGAUCAACCUAUUUUAAGAGAAAGAUGGAUUGGGAUUAGUGGAAAAAGAACCGUGAUGAACGGUCAAGAAGUCUCCACACGCAGCUGUUCAAAGCUUUCACAAGCAUAUUUGUAUACGACAAGCCCACACCAUUUCAGCGAAGAUGCUGAAGUUGCAUUUGCAAGAGUUGGCUUUAAGGUGAAAGCGCAGCUAUACGGUUGCGACUGCUACGCUUAUGCGCUUCUUGCCUUGGGUUGUGUGGAUAUCGUGAUGGAUUUUGGCCUGGAGCCGUUUGAUUUUCUUGCAUUGAUACCGGUGGUAGAAGGUGCCGGUGGAGUUAUCGCUGAUUGGAAAGGACAUCAACUUCAAUGGGAUCCUACUUCACAUUCAUGUCCAACACCCGAAGGUUUUACUGUAUUGGCAGCUGGAGAUAAAGAGCUUCACCAACAAGCUGUGGAUUCAUUACAGUGGACAUAGAAGUUUGCAUUUUCAUUGAAGCAGUUUAGAUAGAAUUGUUCAACUUCUAAAUGGCUUUAGGCUUAACAUUUUAGAAUCACUCUGGUCUUUGGAAACCAGAUACUGAUAGUAGAUGGACUAACAAUAAGUUUAACUGUCCAAAGUGAAUGUCAAGACAUGAUGUGGGCUGUUGGAUCAAAUGGAGGACGGCGUGGCAGUGUAUAGAGUGAGGUCUGGUGGAUUAUGGAGCAGGACAGUAGUUAUAGGAGCUUGUCCCCUAGUUGCUUUGAUGAAAUUUUGAUCGAAAGUAAUGGUCAUAGAGUCCAUGUAAAAAUUGAUUCGAUUCUGCAUUUUAUAUGAUUUAAAUAUAGUACUGUCGCGUUAUUCA